AUGGACACAGCACACAUCCAGGAACCUGAUCGUAACACCGAUACCCUGGUCUUUACUUCCAAGGAUUUCCGAGUGAUCCGCAACCUCCUGCGCUUGCUGUCACUAUGGCGACCGCAGUCAGCGUGCUUCUCGGAAAAGUACGUCUAUCCUGUAUUCAUAAACCUCAUGCUAUUAACUUUAGGACCUAUACGUAAUUCAAUACGAGCCACAGAGAAAUCUACAUGGCUGAAUAUCGAACUGCUAUAUAUCGUUCAUGAGAUAGUUAUAUGGUUAGGCCAUAUCCUUGGUAACCGCUACUUCGCUUCCAGGGACCUGGAAACGAAUGUACUAACGCCCUUGAAACCGCUGAACGGAAUCACAAAACCUUUGAAUCGCAGGCUCAAAAUCCUAAAUGCUGCUGUCAUAAUGUUAAUGACGUCUUUCACCAUAAUGCUUUGCACGCUAUUUAUAGUGACACAUAUACUGUGGAAACAAGGUGCUGAGCGAUUUUCAGCUGAAAUGCCCCAUAUACGUGGUCCACUCGAUCAUAUUUUGUAUUGUUCUAUACCAUUCUCAAUUGUUUAUAACCUCGGUGUGGGACUUGCAUUAUUCUGGACUUUAUCACUGCUGUAUUGUAGUUAUGCAGCUCGCUUGAAAAUCAUGGAAAAUAUUUUCCUCAAAUGGAAGCAAUCGUCAGUCGAUGCCGUCUCGUUUUUCGUACAGUUGUACGGCCGGCCGGUGAAAAAUUCCUGGAAACGAAUCUCGUGGUGGUUCCUCGCGCAUAACAUCGUAACACUCGCGAUACCGCUGUACGGCUAUGAGCUGGCUCAGGCCGUUUCCGGUCGUGCAUACCACUCGAAACAUCUUCCACAGUUUAUUUGUUACUUGAUAUUUAUCGUGACCAUCUGGCUUGCGCCUACCGUUGUGGGUGAGCUAAUAAAGCGACGAGAAAGAAAAUUUAUGGAGCGAAUCAACGAUAUCUCUCCUUGGUUACUGGAAGCUGAGAGUCAUUCUCUUGAUGAGGUGCAUUCUGUCAGAUCUGGGACGCAUUCCCAUGGUGAACAACAUAUCGACUCCCUUGGCGAAGAAGACUCCUUUGGCGACACCGAAGGUGACACAAUACCUCUGAUCGCUUCGAAUAAUAAUGAUAUCUCCCCUCGGUUACUGGAAGCUGAGAGUCAUUCUCUUGGUGAGAUGCAUUCUGUCAGAUCUGGGACGCAAUCCCAUGGCGAACAAGACACGCAUUCUCAUGGCGAACAAGAGAUCGACUCCCUUGACGAUACCGUUAGUGAUUCCGAACCUUUGCUCGCUUCAAAAAAUAACGAGUUAAACUUAACCCUCAACCCUCGCCAAACCGCUUCCCAAUAUUCUAUCGGCUCAACCUCUGCGGAAGGUUCCGACAGCGCUCCGACGCUUUCCGAAUAUACAUUCGCGUCUCGAGGCGAAGAGUUGAAAUUUUCUGCGGUUUUUAAAACGAAGGACGCCCGGGUUGGCGUCGCGAGGAUAUUCAUUGCAACUGAAUUUAUCGCUCAUUUCUCUCAUUGGUGGAGCUAUCUCGUUUCUUAUUAA